UGGGAAGAGAGAGUUUGGCUGACAAUUUUGAACAAUUCUUCCUUACUUAAAUCCCACUCACACACCUUACAAUAUCAUUAGUGCUCUUCAAAACAAAGGAUGAGCAACAAUCUUUAUGGGCACCUUCCUUUAUUUUCUGAUUUCAUUUAUAGCAAGAAUGUCAAGAUUGAUACAAUUAAGUUCCUAGUGCAUACAACUAUAUGUCCAUUCACUGGUUAUUGGGUAAGGAUGUGAUAUAUAGAACAUUGAUGGUCAAAUUGGAGUUCAUAAAUAGUCUAAAGCAUGUCAUUAUGGCAUCUUUUGCCCCAUUUCCCUUUCUUCUUCCAUUUAGCUGCAGAAGUAUAAAGACACAUCGCAAGGCCAAAGGUCAUUUCUACUUUGUUGUUAUAGAUGACAAAAAGUGAGAAAAUAAAAAAUCACCAUCAAAGGUAUUUCAAACCCAAGAGUUCUGGGUGAAGGUCCUUGGCCAUCUCUACGCAACCCAUCUCCAAGAGCCAGGUUACAAAAAGCUGAAAAGCAGUAGAUGAGGACCAUUCUCCCAAGAGGAAUCAGUUAAUUGGUAGGUUCUAGAGUAACUGCCAUAAACUUCCAAUUUUCCUAGUACCUCACUUGUCAAAUGAGAUUCCCCUCCCCACCCACCUGAAGAAAUUAAAUGUGCUGAAUUCAUUUGAUGAUUUCUCUUGAAACAGGUAAAUGAUUCCAUUCCCAAAUGAUAUCUAUGGAGAACAACUCAGAGGUAAAGGAAUUCAUCCUUAUGGGAUUAACAGAUGUUCCCAAGCUUAAGAUCCCCCUUUCCAUAAUAUUCACCAUCAUCUACCUCUUCACCCUAGUGGGGAACCUGGGCCUGAUAGUCUUGAUUUCCUGGGACUCUUGUCUCCACACCCCCAUGUACUUUUUCCUCAGUAACCUCUCUCUGGUGGAUUUUGGCUACUCCUCAGCAGUUACUCCUAAAGUGAUGGCUGGGCUCCUCAUAGGGGAUAAGAUUAUCUCCUAUAAUGGAUGUGCUGCACAAAUGUUUUUCUUUGUAGCCUUUGCCAUUGUUGAAAGUUUUCUCUUGGUUGCUAUGGCCUACGAUCGUCAUUCAGCUAUUUGUAAUCCUCUGCAUUAUACCACCACUAUGACAUCUAAGGUGUGUCUGGGUCUGGCCAUUGGUUCCUAUGUCUGUGGCUUCCUGCAGUCUUGUAUCCACACUGGAUGUACCUUCAGACUGUCCUUCUGUAGCUCCAAUGUGGUACAUCACUUUUUCUGUGAAAUUCCUGCACUCCUGGCUCUCUCUUGCUCUGAUAUCCACACCAAUGAAACGAUACUCUUCACAAUUGCAGGACUCGAUGUACUUUUUGCCCUCUUGGUUAUCUUAACUUCCUAUUUGUUCAUCUUUGUUGCUAUUCUAAGAAUCCGCUCCUCUGAAGGCCGGAAGAAAGCAUUCUCCACCUGUGUUUCCCAUCUCUCUGCAGUUUCCAUAUUCUAUGGGACAAUCAUCUUCAUGUACCUACAGCCCAACUCCAGCCAUUCCAUGGACACAGACAAAAUGGCAUCUGUUUUCUACACCAUGGUCAUUCCUAUGCUAAACCCUCUGGUUUAUAGUCUGAGGAACAAAGAUGUCAAGAAUGCUUUCUGGAAAGCUAUUAGACAGCAAACUCAUUAGGCUUAACAUUUCAACUGGAAAGAAAAUGCAAUGUAAAUCUUCUUUCUCCAGACUUCAAUCUCCAUAAUUAAAGAUAUUUUUGAAGUUCAUAGGGGAUCAGUUUUAACCUUUCCAGAUACAAUAUAGUGUGGUAGAAAGAGACCUGAAAAAUGAAACCAGAAAAAAAAGAAUUUUGA